CACAGGACGCCGUCGUGGCCGCAGAGCACGCCGUCGUCACCAUAGAGGACGCCGUCGAGGACACCGCCGUUGUCACCGCUGGGGACGCCGUCGUCGUGGCCCCAGAGGACGCCGUCGUGGCCCCCGUGCCGCCAAGAUAAGCCGCUCCGUGCACGCGCGAGGCCUUGACGGGCUGCUCUAGCUGCUCCAGGAUAGGCCGGCCGGCCCGGGCCGCGGGCAUGGGUACGACGCGGGGCGCUAUCAACAAGCCACAGCAGUGAGCUCAGCGGCCCCUGCAGUGUGCCAGCCAUGGGGAGCUGCGGGCCUUACAACUGGACGCAGCACGAGCAGCUGCUGCAGCUGGGGGACCUGCAGGUGCAGCAGCAGUUCCUGCAGGACGCCCACCCCACACUGUACUCGCGGACCGCCUCCCUGUUCGCCGCGGCCUGCGCCAUGCUGUUCUCGCUGGUCGGCGUGCCAGGCAACCUGGUGACGGUGCUGGCGCUGGCGCGGUCGCCGACGCUGCGCGCGCACGCCACCACGGCCUUCAUCAUCUCGCUGUGCGCCUCGGACCUGGUGUUCUGCCUGCUGUGCCUGCCGCCCACGGCGGCGCGCUUCCUGCUGUCGCGGUGGCCGCUGGGGCCCGUGGCGUGCGCCGUGUUCCCUCUGCUGUUCUACGGCAACGUGGCCGUGUCCGUGCUCAGCAUGACGGCCAUCGCCGUCAACCGGUACAUCCUCAUCAUGUGGCACAGCGUGUACGCGCGGCUGUACUCGCGCGCGCACAUCCUGCUGAUGGUGCUGCUGGUGUGGGUGGCCGGCUUCUCGCUGCUGGUGCCGCCGCUGGUCGGCGCCUGGGGCUGCCUCGGCCUGGAGCCCCGCUCCUUCAGCUGCACCAUCCUCAAGAAGGACGGCGCCUCCCCGAAGAAGCUCGUGUUCGUGGUGGGCUUCGCGCUGCCCUGCACCGUCAUGGCCGCGGCCUACUCGUGCAUCUACUGGCGCGUGCGCCGCUCCAGGGCCGCACUCAAGGCGCACGGGGCGUCGGGCUCGAGGCUGUCCCUGGAGGCGGUGCGGGCCGCGGGCAACGCCAUCAACAAGAACCUCAAGGCGGCCGCGUCCACCAACAAGACGGGCUUCCGGCGGCGCGACGACCGCCGCCUCACCAGGCUCAUGCUCACCGUCUUCUGCUCCUUCCUCGUCUGCUUCCUGCCCCUCACCCUCGUCAACGCGGCCGACAACCUGGGGGCGCCGCCGACGCUGCAGCUGCUGUCCUCGGUGCUGGCCUGGGCCUCGGCCGUCAUCAACCCCUUCAUCUACGCGGCCACCAACAGGCAGUACCGCGCGGCCUACCGCCGUCUCUUCUGCGGCGCCGACGCGCCCAUGGCCAGCGCGCCGUCGCCGCGCACCAGGCUGCACACGCGGAGGCCCACGUCGGACUCGGGCUCGGCGACGGCCACCACCGGC